GCGAGGAUCAGAGGUCUUCGAGCACCUGCCGGUACGAGAAGGAUGAUGGGGAGAAGCGCAUCGCAGUGUAUACCUAUGCCAACUGCUCAGUUGAGCUCCACAAGAGCCGCCGGAGCGAGAACAAGUUGGAAACCACAACACAACCAAGGACUGAAAGGGAAACAACAACGCCCACCACCAAAAAGAGCAACUAAGUGCCCCAACACCUGCGUCAGCAAAGAGGCGGAAAAAGGUAGCCGGAGCGCUCAAAAAUCAGCAGGGUAACCACCCCCAACGACCUACUUCACUGUCCAUCUCAAUCCUUUCCGAGAAUUCCCUUCCCGGGCAUCCGGAAGUGUGAACCUUCUUGUUUGCUGAAGUGAUGCUGAAGCAGGGGCGUUGCCACUGAACAUGCAAGUGUACUGCAUUAAAGGCAUCCAAAUGCUAAGGUCCUUGAGGAGAGCAGGUUGAUCCGAUCGCUAGUAGAAGAGGAUUUUGUGGAACUUGUCAGCUUUGGCACUCCAAGAUGUUCUUUUAUGUUCUUUUGACGGGCUUUUGUCGUCAGAUAUGGCCUGUUGCCCUUGUUCAUGUUGUGGUGUUCAUGUUGUGGAGUCUGGUUUUCUUGGAUCUGUAUGGAUUUGUAGCUUUGGGGCUGUGUUGCUGUAUAGGUCCAUUGCCCAUUGCUAGGUGUUGUUAUGCGAUUUCCUGCGUGUUGGCCCUUUGCUUGGAAACGCGUGGGGGUUUGUUUUGCUCAACGGCGGCUGCCUCUUCAUCCAUGGCCUGAACUUCGCGUUGAGACGACAUCGACGUCCUGGACGUCCUCGGAACGGAUGACCGACGUUGGUCGUUGCGAGUCGACGCGGAGGCUUUCUGUUGUUGGCCAAUGAUGCCAAUGUGGGGAUGGGUCAAAUCCUGGAGCCCCAACAGCAUGUAGCUUGACUUCGCAGGUAGGUCAACCGAGGUCUCCUGGUUUUGCCAUGUGAACUGGAGUCAGGCAUGUGCGUUCGGCCAGUGUGUCAGGCGGGUCAAGUUGGUCGUUGUUUGUACCUCGUUACCUCCAACGUUGAUGCUUCUGGACCUGCGGGUGGCACAAGGGUUUGACUAUCACUGCAGAGCUGUGCAACUGUCAUGCACAGGGCUAGUCAGUUGAUGAACAUUGACCGCUUUUGCCUCAGCCUUUCAAGACCACUUACUGAAUAUGAUGUUUGCGUAUCCGAUUAGUUGCCCUCGCAGUCCAUAGAUUCGUCCACACGUAAUGCUUAAACUUAUUACACUCUUAUACAGAGACAUUAUCAGUACUUGUGUCAUUCUGUUGCACCUCGCUCCCGCCGAUGUCCCGCCUCGCUCCCGAGGUCACCGGCGCCUACGAGGAGGUCCGGGACUUCAAGGUGCCCUGCGUCCCGCCGGGCGUGGACGCCUUCUUCCUCAUCGAUGAUGAGACCAGGCGUGCCGCCAAGCCUUCCAACUUGGAGCACUGGCGCCGGCAGGGCUGGUGGGUUUUGACAAUGCUACCACAGAUCGAAGCCACUCCAGAAGUGCCUCUGGCCCGCCUGGCGGCGAAGAGUCUGAAGUUCGCACCGCCCUCCUGGCUGUUGAACGGCACCUGGGAUUGGCUCGUGGAAUUUGACGGUGACAUCUCCGUCGACCUUGGGGGCUUAAGGGCCCUGGUGGAUGAGCAUUCGGACAAGCCGCUCUUGCUGCUCAAGUGGUAUUGGCGCCAGUGUGCUCCGUGGGACUGCUUCGUCCAAGAGUGUGACGACAUGCUGACGAAGAGGAGGGAUUAUGUGAAGACCUCCUACGAGAAGGUGGUGAAAUGGAAAGAGGAGCUCACCAAGUACCACAACGACCCUCUGAAGCCCUUUCUGCCCGCGGACUACUAUGAGCUGGGCAUCAUCUUCCGACAGGUCUCGCACCCCAGGGCGUUGGACGUGGAAAUCGCCUUUCGCCAGGUGCUGGAGCAGUGCCGGAGCAUCCAGCGCGAUCAGUUCCUGGUGCCCUUCUACCUGUGGAAUGCUUCACUGGACAAGGAGGUUGUGGCACUCUCCAUUGAGAAGCUGUAUUCCCAGCUGCAGUACUGUGUGGUGGCGACCCGCCAGGGGCGCAACCUCCUCACCGAGCAGAGCCCGGAGCGGCCGGAGCGGCACCAGGCAGCGGCUGGUGCCGACCUCGACCAAAGCUCCCAGAUCAGCUCCGUGGUGGUGGACUCGCUGAGCCCCAUCGAGGCGUCCGCAUCUCCGAGUCGCGGUACGGACGCUGCGACGCCUUGAGUCGAGUCGCGGCC